AAUAUGGUUAUCUCUUCCUUUUCUAUUUCACUGCGUUCUAAAACCAAUAACAAAGCUAAAAGCAAACCACACCCUCUUCUCCUGGACCUGGAUACCAUCUUUCGCCGCCGAGCUCCUCUCUCCGCGGCGAGAAUCAGUUACAAAUCUCCAGAGGUGAGGGGCAAAAAAAAGGAUGGCUUUUGUCGGAAAACCAGAUAAAUUCUCUACAGAUUUUCUAAUGGGAGGAGCAGCAGCCAUUGUCGCCAAAUCCGCAGCUGCUCCCAUCGAAAGAGUAAAGCUUUUACUCCAAAACCAAGGAGAGAUGAUCAAAACAGGACACCUCACAAAACCCUACACUGGUUUAGGCAACUGCUUCCUCAGAAUCUUCAGAGAAGAAGGUGUUCUCUCCUUCUGGAGAGGAAACCAAGCCAAUGUCAUACGCUAUUUCCCUACACAGGCUUCCAACUUUGCAUUUAAAGGUUACUUCAAGACCCGUUUUGGAUGUUCUAAAGAGAAGGACGGUUACUUGAAGUGGUUCGCUGGGAAUGUAGCGUCUGGAAGCGCUGCUGGAGCUACAACUUCGUUGUUUCUGUAUCAUCUUGAUUACGCAAGGACUCGUUUAGGUACUGAUGCAAAAGAAUGUUCUGUUGGUGGGAAGAGACAGUUUAAAGGGAUGGUUGAUGUGUAUCGUAAGACUCUCUCAAGUGAUGGUGUUAAAGGUCUUUACCGUGGGUUUGGUGUGUCGAUAGUAGGGAUUACUCUUUACCGAGGGAUGUAUUUUGGGAUGUAUGAUACUAUCAAACCUAUUGUUUUAGUCGGUUCCUUGGAGGGAAACUUCUUGGCUAGUUUUUUGUUGGGUUGGAGUAUUACUACCUCUGCAGGAUUCAUUGCUUACCCUUUUGACACAGUUAGGAGGAGAAUGAUGCUUACAUCAGGACAGCCUGUUAAAUACAGGAACGCUGUUCAUGCAUUAAGAGAGAUUAUGAAGUAUGAAGGGUUCUUUGCGCUGUAUAGAGGAGUUACUGCCAACAUGCUUCUUGGAGUAGCUGGAGCAGGAGUGCUUGCUGGAUAUGAUCAGCUUCACCGUAUUGCUCAUAAGCAUUGGCUCCAGUAG